AUGGAGGAUUUGAAGUGGAAGCAAAGGACAAAGUGCAAUUGGUAUAAGCUGGGGGACAAGAGCACAAAAUUCUUCUAUGCUUGUGCCUCACAGAGAAAGAAGAAGAAUUGUAUUAAGUUUGUGGUGGAUUCUGAGCAGAUGGAAUGGGUGGACCCUGCUAGCAUUGCGGAGGCCUUUCAGAAGCAUUCUAAGCAUGUUUUUAAUUCAAAAAAUCUUUCCACUGCAGAGAUGGAGGCCUGUUUACAAGUUGUGCAGCCUAGAGUAACCAGUGAGAUGAAUGGCAAGGGGCAGAGGAAGAUUGGUCAUAUGGCUAUUAAGCUAGAUAUGUCCAAGGCAUACGAUAGGGUGGAGUGGAUUUUUUUGGAGUCUAUGAUGUUGAAGAUGGGCUUUGAGGAGAGGUGGAUUGCCUUGAUUAUGGGGUGUGUUCAGUUUGUUUCUUAUGCCAUUUUGGUGAAUGGUGAACUUGGGGAGAAAUUCCUACCAUCUAGAGGACUUAGGGCCAGCUUAGCUGAAUGGAGAAGGCUCAAUAAUUUGUUGGAGAUUUAUGAAGCUGCCUUAGGCCAAUGUAUUAACAGAAAUAAAACUGCUAUAUUCUUUAGUUCUAGUGUGAGUGUGGAGGUGAAACAACAGUUGUUAAGGGAAGUGGGAGCCAACAGUAGCAAUAGUUAUGAGAGGUACUUUUGGUUGCCAACUAUGGUAUGGAGGUCCAAAUACAAUGCUUUCAAAGACAUUAAAGAUAAGGUGUUGCAGAAGUUAAAUGGCUGGAAAAACCAUUUCUUAUCCUUUCCUAGGAAAGAAGUUCUUUUAAAAGUAGUGGUGCAAGCCAUUCCUACUUAUCAUAUAAGUGUGUUUAAGCUUCCUGUGAGACUGUGUAAGGAGUUGGCUGGGAUGAUGGCUCGCUUCUAG